GGGUCAUAUACCAAUGGAGACUGGAUACGAGAUAAAACUAAAUAUGGCGGACGAAGCAAAGGUCAAACAUCUCGAGAGGAAAAUUGCCGUCGCAAGAAAAGAACUUAAUAAACUAAGGAGUGAUAUGAAUUCCAUGAAGAAAAUGUUUGUUCACAAGUGCAAACAAGUUAAAGAAAUGGUCGAGACAGGAAAACAGGAAAGCAUCCCACAGGAUAGUAACAAGGAACUCAUCUCUGGCAACAAUCCCCAACAGCAAAAUACUCAGAUAUCAUUUUAUCCUGAAAUGAUGCCAAUUGGGUUUGUUCAGUCUUGCUUCAAAGAAAAGAAUGGAAUUCCUAGACAGCCCAGUGUUUGCCCAGCGGCUAAGGCUAAGCUUUGUGUUUCAGUCAGAGGAUUUACCAACCCUGGACACUGCUUAGAUGGAUUGGAGAAUUUUUCUCAUGUUUGGAUUGUGUUUCUGUUUCACAAGAACACCAACAAGGCUGUCAAAGCUAAAGUUAAGCCUCCCCGUUUAGACGGUACUAAGGUUGGGGUGUUUGCCUCCCGCAGUCCUCACAGACCCAACCCUAUUGGCCUUACAUUGGCAAAGCUUGAUGGCAUUGUUGGUGACACACUGUUACUGUCCGCUAUCGAUCUCUUAGACGGCACACCUGUGCUUGAUAUCAAACCAUAUGUUCCAGACUAUGAUAAACCCCCAAACUUAGUUGAAGAUAAAUUGGAGCUGGAAAGCAGUGGUAAAACAUUGUCGCAAAACAGCGAUAUUUCUCGAAGUCAGGAAACUGCACCAGUCUCGCCAGGUUCACAGCUGAUUGAUCAAAGCUGCACGGUACCAAUGCAGCAAAUUCUGGAUUUGCAAUCUGAACCAACUACAUGCGCUCUAAGUAUUGCAGAAUGGAUAAGAAAGCCUCCUAUCAAUGAGUUGGAUGUCAAAUUUUCUGAUGCGGCUAUAGAACAAAUCGGUUGUUUCCAUGGGAAAAGGCACCCCCUUCUAAAAGAAUUGCACAGGAAAAGUGUUGAUUUGUCAGUUCAUAGACGUACUUGUCUACAGAAGCUUAAGCUUGGGUCAGAGACCUUCGCUGGUGAGGAGCCUGGAUCGUGUGAGCUAGGGAACAAUCAAAUCGUAGGGAACCCUUGGAUAAAGCCUUGUGAUGCUGGUACAUGUAGACCUGUCAAUACAGUUGCCGACUCUUAUGGCUCUUGUUCAAAAACGUCUUUAAAUGAGAAAACAAAUGAAUCAAUUGACGAUGCGAAUGGUUCGCAAGACGAGCUCUCACUCAAAGGAAAAAGUGCUAUUGUGAGCGAAGAAGUUGGCGGAGACUUGAAAGAAAGCAUUCCCCAACCUGUAACUGACAGUGAACUUCUGCCGCCGUCCGAUGUGUGUAUUUAUCAACUAGAAAUGCUUUCAUCCCCAGAGGAGGCGAAGCAAGCUAUUACCGAUAUUCUAAGGGCAGACCCUAGAUCGGUUUACAGACGAAACUGUUGUCAAGAUAAAUUGUAUUCCUUUAGCAUAGACACGAUGAAUGUGACUUGCAAUUUUGAAGAAUCGACGGUUGAAGUUUUACGAGUAGAGCCCGUGUUUUACAGGAAGCUGAAAUGAAACACACGAUUGACCAGGUUGAAUUAUGAUUCCACCGACAAAAUUCAAUGUUAAUUUUAUGUUUGAAACUUGCACUAACAAUCAGAAUUAUGUCGGUGAAAGGUUUCAAAUUUCCUACUUCCUUCAAAUUUUCGGGUAAAUGUUGGGAAAAAAGAAAAGUUGCAAUCGAAUUAUAUGUCGAUAUAUGCUGCCUUGAGUCACAUCAAGUCCCUCCUAACUGGUAUGGUGACUGAAAUACAAUAAUUAUUAACUCGUAUACAUAAAGACUAAAGCGUAUUACAGUUCAAAAUAUGAACCGUUGUAUGUUGUGCACUUUUGCAAAGGUAAAGUAGUUAAAUAUAACUCAUGUAAUGUUCGUUUUCUGAUUAUUCUCUCCGGCAUACUUAAGAUAUUGACCGCGACACGCAUUAGCAGCAGGUAAUGUAAGUUCUGUCACGUGACAGCGACGUAAUUAGAACAUCAGAUGGAAAUCGCACACCUGCCCUUGAUUAAAUAAUUCAAAAACUCAUCUCUAACCCAGCUUACAACUUACAUAUGUACAUAUCAAAUGUUCUGCCGGCUGCGAUAAGCACAGGUCGAUAUCUUUGCAUUGACCAUUCCCUAAAAUUCUCUGUCGUUAUAACACUAACUGCCACACGGACAUUGUAACCGUUGAAGAGAUUGUCGUAAAGGUGGUUGCAACGAAAAAAUUGCUUUCACAAUGAAUCAUCGAAUAUCGCCUCAAGAUGAUUUGAUUCUUCAAACAAGCCUUUCUGUGGCGGAUGAUGCAUAUUCACUUGGUAGCACGUUCACUCUGCAAGACCGAGUGGAAGCAAUUGAACAGUCUAGCGAAGAAUUUUACCAAAUCGUAAGUAAAAGAUCGGCGCUGUACGAAGGGAAAAAUGUUCCCACGCAACAGAAGAGAACAGGGUGUCGGUCGCAUUUUUCUUGCUCAAACGUUCAUAAGAUUUUUUGAUUGAUAACCACCCACAGUAAUUAAUAUAAAUUGAUGAAAAAUGAUGUCCUCUGUUAUCAUGAACCCACGAAGAAAUUGAUUUUCAUAGACGUUUUUUUGGUUCAAAAUCUAACAUAAGGGAUCGAAACGUCUUCUGCAGGCAAGCCUAUUUUAGCCGGCGAUGUCUAUUAAAUUGUAAAUUUCCUUACUGGCAAUGAAUUGGCCUCAACACAAACACAAUAGUUCCUGAUUUGUUUUUUAAGCACCCUUCGAGGCUUUAAUUUAAUGUAAUCAGGCUCUACAAAUUAUUUUUGUUCAGGUGCUAAAAGGUCGCAUACGAAAAACAACUUUAAUAAUUCGAUAGCACUCAUACCUGCUAAAAUACUCUUUAAAUUUAAGCGGUUGAAGGAGAGCUCCAUCUUUUUAAGUAAUGGCGUUUAGUCGAUGGCCACGUGUGGACGUUAUAGAAUGGAAAAAAUAUAUUGAAAUGAUUUUGUAAUCUAAUUCCCUAGUUUCCAAACAAAACAGGAGCUACGGUAAAAAACAUAUCUUUGUUACACGAGGCUCGACGUGAAGGACUUCCCUUUGAAAAUCCGUUAUUUUACAAAAGCAAUGUAUAUGGAAAUUUUUCCACUUAUUUGUAUGUCAUAUGAUAUUACAGGAAUAUAAAUCGU